AUGUCCAGACACCGACUUUUACAAACUGAAACUUCACAAUAUCACUUAAGAGCACCUAAAACUACAAAAAAUACAACUUUUAGUUAUGAUAAUAUUUCAAUAUUCCAAGUUAAUAAUAAUUGGCUACAGCAAGAAGAUUCAAAUAAAAUUGAUGAAAUUGAAACCCUAAAUUGGCAACAUGAUAACCAAGAAUUUGGAUAUGAUGAUAACAACAAUAGAAACUUCGAAUAUUAUAAUAGAGAACCUAAUAAUGAUGAAUUGAAUAAAAUGAGUUGGAAUAAUAUGGAAUAUGACAAUAAGUUUUAUGAUAUGAAUUCAGACAAUAAUAGCUCUGAAGAUGAGACUUUUGAUAAUUCAUCAAAAAUAUUUGAUAAAACAGAUUUUAAUAUAAAAUGGAAUUCAGAAGAUUAA